AUGGCGAGCAACUUGAAUGUGGGCCAAUCUACGCGAUCAGGAUACCAUUUAGGACCCUCUGUAUCGCUGGAUUGCGGAGCUACCUUUGCCUUGGGCGAGUGUAUUCUCGUCAGGAUUCCCGAUCCGAUUCAGGUAGAAGGGUAUGUUGAAAACGACGUUGGAACAAAUCUCACACCCAUUUCCACUGGAUCAGGCCCUCAGCACUUUGCAUUCAUCUGCAAUUUUCACCUCCAACUGGAUGAGUCGCUUGUGCUUGAUGUAUACCCCGUCCUUCCCUUUUCCAAUACUAGCGGAGGUCUUGCCACCGACAAUAGAAUGAAUUAUGCCACUGCUACAGCAGCACUCCUGCCUCUGUCAUCCCGACACCCCACACCUGAUACUUUUGGAAAACCACUUGAUUUCGGAAACUGGUCAGCCACAAGCGAUUCAUUCCUCCAUGUCUUUCCUACGCGGUUCACUAUGCCUACGAAGAGAUCAUUCAAACGAAUGGAUCCUCCCCUCUUAAUGCCUUACUCAGUGUUGAGACGCAUCGGGCAUUACCGAGAAUACUUGCUCUCAACCACAAUCACUCAGAAUAACGAUGGAGAUGAGCCAGGAAAAUCUAACCUACCACACGGACGAACUGGUGACAGAGGAGGACAGGUGGCUUCUGGAGUGACAUCAGUAACAAGCCCCCAAACCAUUAUUAGUGGUGGGGAGGGGGAGAGAGCAACUGGGGUGGGGCUAGAGCAAUUUUCUGACAAGUUAGACUAUGACUCUCUCCCGAGUGCUGAAGAUGUUGAUGAGGAUGCAGAUGAUGGUGAUGCUACCACGCUAGAUGACCUUCUCUUGUUGGUGCAUGACAACCCAACUUUGUGGAUAGGGGAGCUUAAAAGAUACUUGCAAGAAGAGAAGAGGGAGCAAGAACGGGUGCAGGAUGAGCGUAUGGCAAGAUUGGCCUCUUGGCGGGAAGACGUAGCUAUUUAA